AUGAAUAAUCAAUCUAUUAAAAUUAAAAAAUCAGUCAAAUACCUUGGUAUCUGGUUUGACUUUCGGCUCUCAUGGGAUGAACAAAUCAAGUAUAUUGCCAAGUGUACAAGCCUAAUCUUCCAUGCAUUCUCCCAAAUUGCCAGGAAAACAUGGGGUCUCAGUACUGAUGCGAUCAGUAUAAUUUACGAUCAUAUCUAUAUACCCAUUGUCACCUAUGGGUGUUGUAGCUGGGGUGCAGCUGUGAACAAGGUUCACCUUCGCAGGAAACUUAUUUCUUCACAGCGUAAGGCUCUUCUCCUUAUCACGAAGGCAUACAGAACUGCCCCAAACAGCAGCCUUCAGGUUAUAGCACGUAAGCCUCCUAUCACCGAGGUCAUUAAAUUGGAAUGCGAUCUGUGGAACUUGAGAUUGGGUACUGAUAUCAUCACAUCUACACAUCACUUCCAGGCCAACAAAUAUGAACACCCAAGCCCUUCUAAUGAUAGCAUUCCACCUUACAUUACCAACUAUAUUGGCACCACCUCUCUUCCUCAUCCAAACCUUGAGAUCUAUACCGAUGGAUCUGGACUGAAUGAUGGCGUCGGCUGCGCCUUUAUCACCUACCAGAGUGAGACCGAAAUAUAUAGUCAAAUGAACAGGUUAGACUGUGUUUACUCUGUCUUUCAAGUAGAGCUGAUGGCAAUUAACUUGGCGAUCAGUUGGACCGAGGAAAAUUAUAACCAUAAUAACAUCCACAUCAUUAGUGACUCUGCAUCCGCAAUACAGUUGAUACAGGGUAAUAAACCACAUCCAAUUGCAACUGCUAUUAGGAACACUAUUUUCAACUCCAGUAACAAGUACAAUAUUACCUGGACUCGUGCACAUCAUGGAACAACUGGAAAUGAGCGUGCUGACCAGCUCGCUAAAGAAGCCGCCAGCAACAAUAAUCUGGAAAUUAUUUAUGACAAAAUUAGUCACCAUGGUGUGAGAAAACACAUGUUCCAAGACCUUCUUAAUCGGUGGCAAACAACCUGGAGUCAAAAGCACAACAACACCGCUUUCAAGUACAUUCCCAACAUUAUUGACUAUUACAGCUACCAUUGGGUUACUCCUAACCACCAGCUUACUCAGUUUAUCACCGACCACGACAAAUUCUCCAGGUAUUUGCACAGGUUCACCAACAAAAAUUUACCACUUUGUGCUAUCUGCUGCAAACCAAAUAACUCAGAUCACUAUCUCUUCGACUGCAUCUCUUUGGAGGCAGAGCAUCUGGCCAUCGAACUCGCUGCUGGAAGUAGGAACAUCCACUGGCCAUGUGAACACAAUGAUUUACUAAAGAAUAAAGAACUGUAUGAAGCCUUCAGUAAUCUCAUUAAAAGACAUGAGGCGAUUGCUCCUCUUGUUACCAGAGACUAG